AAAACAACGCGUAGUGCGCUCUCCGUCAUAACUGACGCCUCCACUUUCUGCCGGGAAUCGAUCAGACCCACCCACACCCAACUCUUUCCUCUCUAUCUUUUACUAUCUAAACUGCUUUCGAUUCUCUCUCUCUCUCUCUUCGCUACGCGGAUUACAAAGACGAAGACCUUUCUUUCCUCUCUCUUCAAGUCUGAAACCCUAAAACAGAGUCUGUUGAUUUAGUCUGAGUUUGAACUCCCAACUUGUAUAGAUUUUGGUUCCUGCUAUUUUUGGAGUUCAAAUUUUGGGAAUUAGUGUUCCGAGGAGACGAUUAAUGUUUGUUCAACCUCCUUCGUUCUAUGCUUUCAAGAAUUAGUGUUGAAAUUCCUAACUUAGAGAUUUGGCUUGAGGAAAAAGUAGGAUGGCACUGUCUACUUAGAGGUUUGUCCUUGGGUUUUAUGGACAGUACCCUUCCUGGAAGCUUUUGUAUUGGCCUUUAUUGUCUAUACACGUGAGCAUGGGGUCAGUUUGUUGUGUUGCUAGAAAGGAUAGAACCCUGACGAAUGGAACUAGUGGUGAAAUUUUGCAUAGAAAUGCGAUAUAUUCACCAUCGUGGAGUUUCCGAUGGGAUAACCGGAGGCGUGUGGCAGGCGAAAUUGAGAACAUUUCCUAUGCACCAUCUCAUGGAAUCAGCACAAACAGUAGCAUGGAGAUCAAAGGGGAAUUAAUUUUUGAUAGAGGUAAUCUUUCAGGCCGGGGAAGCCCUUUAGGAAAUUUUGGAACUCCUACUUCUCAAAAGUCUCCUGUGCAUGAAGGACUGGUUGCAACUACGAUAACUUCUUCAGAGAUAACUCUGGCUGGCAAUGAUAAUACAAAGGUACAGAGCUCCACAGAAUCACCAGAAAUUAUAGAUUCAUCUGCACCAAAGAUUUCACUUUCUGUGCCUUCAAGCUCUUCUUUAUCGACUUCUGCUGCAAAUCAUUUAUCUUCCCAAGCUCACUCACUUCCAUCAAACUCAACACAAUCAAGAAGGGCCCACCAGUCACCAGGACACCAGCUUUUGAGGCAAGUUUCAGAUAGUCGAAUUGUGGGUUUGAAAUCCCCAAACAGUAACUUGGUAUCUGAGGGCGGACCAUCGUUUGUGCCCUCUAAUUGCAGUAACGAUUUGAUGCUUGGAUCCCAAGGUGCUUCUUCUGAUGGGUGGUCCAUGCGGACCUUCUCCGAGCUCGUGGCCUCUUCUCAAAGAGAGAGGUGGUCUUUCGACAGCGAGUUUUUGGGCUCUGGCCGUGGCAAGUUAAGUGAAUCUAGCGGUGCCCUCUCAUAUUCUCCCUCCAUCGAUCUCCAAACUUGUGGGGUUUGCUCUAAGCUCUUGACAGAGAGAUGUUCAUGGAGCAGCCAGAAAAUUAUUGCUACCAAUGAACUGUCAGUCGUUGCUGUGCUUGUCUGUGGGCACGCUUAUCACGCUGAAUGUUUGGAGGCUAUGACACAGGAGGCCGAUCGCUAUGACCCUUCUUGCCCAUUUUGUACAGUUGGUGAAAAGAAACUGUCGAAGAUGGCCAGAAAAGUCAUGAGAGCAGAAGCAGAACUGAAAUCAAGAAGCGGUAAGAUAUCUAGGAACAGAGUCUUGGAUAAUUAUCAUGAUGAUGCUGAAUUUGAUGUUCUUGAUCGCCGAAAAACUAGUGAAGGAGAUGAAAAUUUUCACAAGAUGGAACCCAGUUCCAGUGCAAGGAGAUCCUUUGCAAAACCUUUCCUGAGGCGGCACUUUUCGCUUGGAUCUAAGUGGAGUAGAUCGAUGUCAGAGAACAACUCUGCCCGGAAGGGGUUUUGGGCAAGGUAUCGCAAGGAUUGAGUCCUCUAUUUGGUAGGACUGCAUUAUAAUACAUAGUGUUCUGGGAAGUUUCAUGAAUGCAUUUUCAGAUUUGCUAAUAAUUCAGUAUUGUUUUUCUAUCAUUAUAUAUUCAGAAAUUAUGAUGGUAUAAAUAUUCAAGUCCAAAUUGAAUGUGAAAGUAAGCAAGCAUUAGAAGA